GCGGCGGCGGCGGAGGGAAAUCUUGUUUGGUCAGAGUCUCCGAACUGUGCGGUGACUUCUGAGCACAGAUCAAUACGUGUCUGUCCCGGCUCGGGGCGGGGGAGGGGGGGGCCCGCCCGGCACAGCGCCGGCUUUUGGGGCUGGGGGCAGCGUUGUGGGGAGCGCAGAGCCGGCGGGGAUGUCACCGUAGAUGUCUGUGUGUCUGCGCGCGUGUAGAGAUCUGUCUGUCUAUCUAUAUGUAUAUACAGAGAGAUACGGAGCGUAACACCACGUUUCUUAAAAUCUCGUGCGGGAGUGGGAAUUAAAUAACCAACUCGCGGGGGAUCAUAAAAGGCUUCGGUGGGAGCGGGGCGAGUCCGCACCGCGCAGGUGAAGCAGAGACCUCUCCGAGAUGUCAGGUAUUAGUCCGGAGGGGCAGAUCUGCGAGCCACACAGCAGCUCCCGGGUCUACGGUACAUUAGCCUCUCCGUGGGAGAGGGAUCCCAGACAGCUCUGCUGGGGAGCCAGCCCAGGAGAUUUGUUAGCGGGCUGCUCCGGGGGAUACCAGCCACCUCCGGCACCCGAGCGCCAAAGGUGCUUGUGUUGCUGCUGCUGCUGCUGCUGGCGCAUUUCAUCCAAACUCCAGCCAGAGCGGGGGCAAGUUGAACCGGAGACAUUAGAGCCACUGUGCUUUGGAGAGACGAGGGCGCACGGGGAGCGCAGCAGCACCAUGCCUGCUAUCAAGAAGGAGCGACUUGACAGGGAAGAGAUGGCCCUGGCAGCUUUUAACCAGCCCAUGGAAACCUUACCUGACUAUCUCGCCCCUCUGGCCGCCGCUGCCAUUCCGGUGGUCACCCCGCACCCGCCGGCUUACGACCAGAUCUUUGCCCACCGCGCGUACCUGGGCUUCCACGAGACCCACCACCCCCACCCGCACCACCCGCACCACCCCCACCACCUCCCCGAGGACCUGAUGCUGGAGAGGUUUUCCUCCAUCCCGGAUUUCCAGCCCUUCUUUGACAACGGAGAGCCUUGCAUCGAGGUGGAGUGCGGGGAGAACAAGGCGCUGCUCUACAUCAAUAAGUUGUGCCAGGGGAGCAAAGGACCCUCUAUCCGGUACCGGGGAGAGUGGCUCACCCCCAACGAGUUCCAGUUUGUCAGCGGCAGGGAGACGGCCAAGGACUGGAAGCGCAGCAUCAGGCACAAAGGGAAAAGUUUGAAGACUCUUAUGUCCAAAGGAAUCUUACAGGUACAUCCUCCAAUCUGUGAUUGCCCUGGGUGUCGAAUUUCGUCUCCAGUGAACCGGGGCCGCCUGGCAGAGAAGAGGACGAUCCCUUUGCCUCCCACCAGGAUCCCGAAGAAAGAGCUCCCCUCGAUUUUCUCGCACAGCGACGACAGCGAAGAGAGCGACAAGAGCAAUGGUCAGCACCCCGAAGUAAAGCAGGAGGAGGAUCUCCACAUCAGUAUCAUGAAAAGAAGGAUACACACCCACUGGGAUUUAAACAUCUCCUUCCGAGAGACCUCUUGCAGCCGCGAUAACGACCUUUCCACUAUCAUCUCCAACCUGCACCAGAGCCGCCAGCUCGUUAUGCCAGAGACCCAGAGCCGCUGUGAAUUCAAGAGAAACAGCAUCGAGGUUGGCCUGGGAGCAGCAGCGCCACAUUUCAUGGCUUCCCAGUUGCAACCCAGUUUAGGAGUCCUGCUCCACUGGAGGCCAGAAAACUCCCACACGCCUCUGCUGGAGGACUCGGUGACUCAGAUGACCCCGGAGGAGCACUACAGACGCAUGAUGUCAGCACUGAACGAGCAUGGCACCUUUGAAGAGCAGCAGCAGCAACGUCUCUACCAGCUGGCCAACAGCAUGGCAGUGCCCAGCCACGGAGAUCUCCUGCGGGCGCGGCAAGAGGUGGCGGCGGCGGCGGCGGCGCGGAACCCCGGCGCGAUGGAAGCGCACAUCCCCUCGGCCAGCAACUCUUCCAGCCAGCGGAGGAAGCAGGGCCUCCCCCAGCACAGGGACACCCACUUCCCCGAGAGGGAGAUCUCCCACCCACCGCCUCUGCUCUCGCCCCAGAACGCUCCCCACAUUGCCCUGGGGCCCCACUUGAGACCUCCCUUCCUCGGGGUGCCUUCGGCGCUGUGCCAGACGCCAGGUUACGGGUUCCUCCAGCCGGCACAAGCGGAGAUGUUUGCACGGCAGCAGGAGAUGCUACGAAAGCAAAACCUGGCCAGGCUGGAGAUGUCGGCCGAGAUCAUCCGCCAGAAGGAGCUGGAGAACCUCCACCGCCAGAGGCUGCUGGCCGGCGACCCCCUGAGCCUGCACCCCGGGCUGCCCCCGGACCACCCGGCCCUGCGCAACGUGCACGACAUCCCCGAGGGCCACCCGCUGCGGGAGGAGCUGUCCCGGCGGAACGCCAUGCUGGUGCUGCGGCACAACAACACCCCGCUGCUGUCCCUCAACCCCGCCGUGCCCGGCGCCAGCUCCUCCACGCCGCCCAAGGAGCAGCCCCGGCGGGGCAGCCGGAAAACCGCGGGGCAACAGCGCGCCGAGCCGCAGGGCGUGGGCGAGGCCAAGGAGCCGGCGGAGCCGCGGGCGCGGGACGGGGCCCCGGACUGUAACGACGAGGAGAUGAAGGACUCGGAGAGCGACGCGGACGUGAGCGACGAGAAGCCCGAGAGCCUGAAGGCCGAGGGCGGCGGCGGCUCGGCCGCGGAGCUCAAGGAGUGCAAGGAGGCGGGCAAGGCGUGCGAGGGGGCCAAGGAGAUGGGCGAGGCGGGCGCGGCCCAGAAUGCCCCCUGCAGCUCCUCGAGCGCAGAGUCCCCCAGCCACCUGCUCGGCCCGGGCAUCAACAAGGCCGAGGUGAAGUACCUCCCGCCGGCCUCCAUCCCGCCGCCUCAGCCGCUGCCCUUCGGGUUCCCCUACACCAUGAGCCCCUACUUCCAUGCAGGCACCAUGGGAGGUCUGUUUCUGGAUGGUGAGGAGAGCCCUGCGCUGGAAGACAUCAGCAAAUGGACGGUGGAGGAUGUUUGCAGCUUCGUGUCCAACUUGUCUGGCUGCACCGAGUACACUCAGGUAUUCCGAGAGCAGGCCAUUGAUGGAGAGACCCUGCCCCUCCUGACAGAAGAGCACUUACUGAACAACAUGGGGCUGAAACUCGGACCUGCCCUGAAGAUAAGGUCACAGGUGGCCAAGCGAGUGGGCAGAGUGCUGUACAUGGCAGGCUUCCCCAUGGCUUUCCCCCUGCAGCCCCCCGGGCUGAGGCCCCCGGAGCGGGACGUGCCGGCGGCCGAGCUCCGGCCUGCGUCCACGGGCAGCGUGGCCUCUCCCUUCGGGAGCGGGGUCCCUUCCUCUGCCAGCCGGGGCUCCCCAAAGCAGGAAAACGGGAAUCCUUCCCUCCUCCCCGGGCUCAACGACACCACGAAACCUCCGUCCUAACUGCGGGGUGCCCUCCGACUGCUUCUGGGACUUUGGGGAUCCAGCGGGACGAGCCGAAGGAUAACGCCGGAGCCUCCCCCCCGCCCGCAGCGCGAGACGCAGGAGUGAGGGAGGAAAAGGGAGGUUUUAAUUUGGGGUUUUUUUGGGACGAAUUUGCUUUUUUUUUUUUUUUU